AUGGCCCCGCUCUUGCCCCUGCGGCAACGCCUGUCCGCCCUCAUCCCUCGAACACCCGCGACUAUCGCCCACCUCUCGGUCACCUUCCUCGAAACCCUCGUCGACACAGUGGUCGUCGCACUCACGCUCAACAGCUUUGAGAAGCAUGUGUGGCAGCUGUUGAUGGAGCGGAGCGACAGGAGUGUCUUGCCGGUCUACCUUGCGCUGUUCGUUCUCGCUCACCUUACCCAGCUCGUCCUCGCCGUAGACGCCCUCGUCGCCAAGAACACGAUCCAAGUUGUCGCGCUCCUCAUCUUCAACACGCUCUUCCUCGUCUACUCCGCCAUUCAGGUCAGCUACACCAUUGCCAUGCCGCCAAGGAACACAAGACUGAUCGUUGUAUACGCGCCUCCGCAGAUCCACGAGAUCCGGCCGCUCGUCAACAGCCCCGCGCUCAAAGUACUCAUCUGGUUCAUCCCAGCCAUGAUCUCCCUCACCGAGGCCGUCUACAUCGUCACAAUCUGGCCAAUUUACCGCGAGUACGGCUGGCAGAUCUUCAAGACGCUUGGAGCGGACAGGAGGAUCAAGAAGUGCUAUGCGUGGUUCCAGGUGUUCAUCUGCAUCCUCAAGUUCGACUUCUUCUUUUUCGUCGCCUUUUCGCUGCAGCUCGUCUUCCUCGUUCCGACCCAGACUUCCGCCGAGCGCGGCCUGACGAUUGCCGCCCUCCCCGUCACCCUCGUCCUCCUCGUCCUCGGCUACUUCUCCAUCAAGCGUGAACACAAAGUCAUGGUCUACGUCUUCCUCGUCGGCUGCGCAGUCGGGUGCGCGUACUUUGUGUACAAAUUGUUCAUCAUUUACCGCGACCGCCAAACGGACUACCAGCUCGUCUUCAAGUCUCUCACGGUCUUCGCCGCUCUCUGCCUCUCUGCGUUGCUGGUAACAACGGCAACGGUCAUCAAGUGUUGGCUCAACUUUGGCUCUGGCUUGAAGUACCAGAUGUCGCGCGGCGAGAUCCUCCGCUCGACUUCGAAUCUCGACCUCAAGACGUCUCCACGACCCAUAGCAGAAGGCGACGAGUACCCUCUCGGGUCAAGAGACUACUACGCGCCGACAGGACGGAACAGGUUCCGCAUGUCGAUGGAUUGA